CGGGGGAGGGGCGAGCGCGGAGGCGGCCCGGCCCGGCCCGGCUCGGCUCGGCGCAGGCUCUGCCGGGACGCGCCGCUCCCGCCUCGCAGCAGCGCAGCUGGGCCGGAACCGGGCCGGGAGGAGCGGAGCGGCGGUAGGAGCGGGCCGCGCCGCCAGCGCUCGCCGAGGGACUUUGCCCCGAACCGGGCCGGGACCGAGGCGCGCGCAGGCCGAGACCCACCGGCUCCGCGGCCGAGGGGACCGAGCCCUCCCGGGGCCUCGCCGGCAGGCCGGGCCGCCGCGCCCCGCUCUAGCUCGGGCCGAAGCGGGACAGGCGGAGCAGCGGGGCAUGGACCUGCGGGCCUAAAGGCGGCGGCGGCGGCGGCGGGGCGGCCGCCCUUCCCGACCCCCCUGCGGGCGAGCCGGCGGGCGGGGGGUCGGGGCGGGCCGGCAGCGGGACAUGGGCCCCUGCGCGGCGGCCCUCAGGACACCGGCAGCCGGCGGGGCGCGCCGCCCGCCCCCUGCGGGCGAGAGGCCGUAAACAGCGGCGGGGAGGGGGGACCCCGCGGCGGGCGGGCACCCCCUCCUGCCCUAAAGCGAGCCGGGGCGGUGGGCGUGCGGUCCCCGGCGUGGGGGGGCCCCGCGAGCAGCCGGCCCCGCGCCGACGCUGCCCAGGUUUGCCCUGCCGGCCUGCCGCCUGCGCGGGCACCGGGGCUUCCCCGCCGCGCUGACCUCCGGACCGGUGAGGAUUGGUCGCUUCGGAAGACUUUCCUUCUCGGCCCACGUUACUUUUCCCCUCUUCUUUGGGGCUAAGGGAGCAUCGAGGGGAACGGCUUGUUUUGGGUUUUUUUUUGUUGUUGUUGUUGUUGGUUUUCUUGAACAUCCCCCAAACCCCACUUCCGUGGUCUGGAUAUUCUGGGUGACUGACUGCAAGAAGAGUUUUGGAGUUGUUUUGGAUUUUUUUUUUUUUUCCUGCCCUUGAACUGAAUUUGUCCUCUGUGCAUGCCUCUUCUGGAGCAAGGCUGGAUCUUGAACCUCAGUGCAUGUGGGGGCCAAAGCCUCAUUAAUAUUCCUGCAGUAGUAGUAAAAUGUAAAUUGGAUAAUACGACUUCUUGCCAAAGGCUCCAAUGAGUGGCACACAGUCCACAAUCACGGACAGGUUUCCUCUCAAAAAACCUACAAGACACGGCAGCAUUCUGAGCAGAGAGUCUCCAGCUGACAAGAAACAGAAGGUUGAACGCUGCGGUAGUACGCACGACUUUGAUCCAACAGGUCUUGUUCAACGGUGUGUUGUUAUCCAACGGGAUGAAAACGGAUUUGGGCUAACAGUCAGCGGAGACAAUCCAGUCUUCGUGCAGUCCGUCAAAGAAGAUGGAGCAGCCAUGCGGGCUGGAGUGCAAACUGGUGAUAGAAUUAUCAAGGUGAAUGGCACUCUCGUAACACACUCAAACCAUUUGGAGGUGGUAAAGCUGAUCAAGUCGGGUUCCUAUGUAGCUCUCACUGUUCAAGGGCGCCCACCGGGGUCGCCCCAGAUUCCAUUAGCUGAUUCUGAAGUGGAGCUGGCAGCAUUUGGGCAUAUGUCUCCCAUCAUGACAUCUCCCCAUUCGCCUGGCACAUCAGGAAAUGCAGAAAGGAUUACUAGCCCCGUGCUUGUGGGGGAGGAGAAUAAUAUUGUCCACAACCAGAAGGUGGAGAUUCUGAGAAAGAUGCUACAGAAAGAGCAGGAGCGGCUGCAGUCUCUGCAAGAAGAGUAUAGCCGAUCACCCACCACACGACUGCUCAAAGAGAUACAGGAAACGAAGAAGCACAUUCCUCAGCUGCAAGAGCAGUUGUCCAAAGCCACAGGCUGUACUCAGGAUGGAGUCUUGUCCUCCAGGUCUGUGACGGAAUCGCUGCAGAUCAGUGAAGUGGAGGCAGAGAGCGGGGAUUGUGUGAGCAAACUGGAUUACAGUGGUGACAGCCCCUCCCGACCAAACAGUGACAUUGCUGAUAGUCCUCGCAGUGGCUUGAAGGAGCGGAUUUUUCCAGAUGAGAGCCCAGAAAAGACUGAGGUUCAAGAUGCUGAUUCCCAGUCCAAUGUUGGCAGUCCUUUAUCCCGAGUGGGGCCUCAGAUCAUUGGAGCAGAGGAUGACGACUUUGACACUGAACAGGAGCAGAUUAACGGACAAUGCAGCUGUUUCCAAAGCAUAGAGCACCUGAAAUCUCGUCCAGCUCACCUGGCUGUUCUUCUGCAUCAUGUGGUGUCCCAGUUUGACCCUGCAGCAUUGUUGUGCUACCUUUACACAGACUUGUACAAGCAGACCAACUCCAAAGAGACUCGGCGUGUCUUCCUUGAGUUUUACCAGUUCUUCUUGGACCGAGCUGCAAAUCUAAAAGUUCCGGUUCCAGAUGAAAUCUCCUUAGAACUAGACAGAAGGCGGCCAGAACUCAUUCCUGAAGAGCUUCAUCGGCAGUUUAUACAAACUAUGCAAGAUAAAGUCUGUCCAGAAGUUCAAAGGAAUCUGGAAGAUUUCAGGCAGAAACGUAGUAUGGGAUUGACCCUGGCAGAAGGAGAGCUGACCAAGCUGGAUGCAGAAAGAGUUCGUGACCGGAAUGCAAUGGAGAGAGAAAGAGCAUGCGCAGAACAGAUUAUUGCUAAAAUUGAGGAAGUCUUGAUGACAUCUCAGCCGUUGGAAGAAGACAAGAGUUCCACAAUGCAGUAUGUGAUUCUUACUUACAUGAAACACCUGGGAGUCAAAGUUAAAGAACCUCGGAACCUGGAGCAAAAACGCGGCCGUAUUGGUUUCUUGCCAAAGAUCAAGCAAAGUAUCAAGAAAGAGAAAGAAGGAGAGGAGAAAGGAAAGAGAAGAGGCUUUCCUAAUAUUCUGGGCCCACCAAGGAGACCAAGUCGACAUGAUAGCAGUGCAAUUGGCAGAGCCAUGGAGAUGCAGAAGCCCCGCCAAUCGAAGCACUUGCCUCCAGCAUCUUCUGUUAGCCCAGAGCCACUAGAUGCUAGCAAGAUGCGCCAGAGUGGGUCCUCCGGUGAUGGAACAGAUAUGCCAUACCCACCUGCCAACCCAAUGUCUCCUUUGGCAAUGGGUCCCUUCUCCUCUCCAGAGGGAAGCAAGGACAGUGACACAGGUUUGAAGCAGGCUGGAGAAGCUCCACCUGCUAAUGACUGUAUGGAUGGCACACCCCGCACACCUAAUAAUACCUUUGAAUUCCCAUCUCCUUUGGAAAACUUGCAGGAGGAGGAGGGAGAAUCAGAGAGAAUGGUUGACAUGGGAACACCAAAGCCUUUUCGCAAGAUGGACAGUGUUGGUUUCACAGAUGUACAAAGUGAAGAUGAGUUAUAUGAUUUUGACAUGGACAUGGACCCUCCCAACUGGCAGCAGCUUGUGAGCCGAGAAGUGUUGAUGGGGCUGAAACCCUAUGAAAUCAAGCGCCAAGAAGUGAUUAAUGAAUUGUUUUACACCGAGAGAGCUCAUGUCCGCACGCUGAAGGUUCUGCAUAAUGUCUUCUACCAGCGUGUCACCCGGGAGGGGAUCCUGAACUCCAGUGACAAACGGAAAAUCUUUUCAAAUCUGGAGGAUAUCCUUGGGCUUCAUGUUGCUUUGAACGAUCAGAUGAAAGCUGUCCGAAAAAGGAACGAGACUUCUGUUAUUGGCCAAAUUGGGGAAGACUUGCUUUCCUGGUUUAGUGGACCAGCAGAGGAGAAGCUGAAACAUGCAACUGCCACAUUCUGCAGUAACCAACCCUUUGCUCUGGAGGUCAUCAAGUCACGCCAGAAGAAGGACUCUCGCUUCCAGACUUUUGUGCAGGAUGCUGAGAGUAAUCCACUGUGUCGCCGGUUGCAGCUGAAGGAUAUCAUUCCCACAGAGAUGCAGAGGUUGACUAAGUACCCCCUUCUGCUGGAUAACAUUGCUAAGUACACAGAACUGCCUGAAGAGAAAGAGAAAGUGAAGAAAGCAGCAGAUCAUUGUCGUCAGAUCCUUAACCAUGUGAACCAGGCUGUCAAAGAGUCUGAGAACAAACAGCAUUUGGAAGAUUAUCAGCGUCGUCUCGACCUAUCCUACUUGAAACAGUCUGAGGAUCCCAUGAUGGAUGAGUUCAGGAACUUGGAUCUAACAAAGCGAAAAAUGCUUCACGAGGGACCUCUAAUUUGGAAGGUUAAUCGUGACAAAACUAUCGAUCUCUACACUCUGCUUCUGGAGGACAUUCUGGUGCUGUUGCAGAAACAAGAUGAUAAACUGGUACUGAAGUGUCACAGUAAAAUCCUGGCAUCAACAGCGGAUAGUAAACACACCUUCAGUCCUAUCAUCAAAUUGAACACCGUUCUGGUUCGUCAGGUGGCAACAGAUAACAAAGCUUUCUUCGUCAUCUCCAUGUCAGAAAAUGGCGCUCAUAUUUAUGAACUGGUGGCACAGACUGUUUCAGAAAAGAAUGUAUGGCAGGACCUUAUAGCUCAGAUGGCAGGGAACGUCAAAAUGGGGAGGACUAGAACAGUGAUUCCAUUACCACAGUCAGGACCUGGCGAAGAAGAGCGUGAAGAGGAGGAGCAGCAGAAGCUCAAAGAGCAGCAUGACAUUCCUGCCAGUAGCCUACAAAGUCCAGAUAAAGAUUUGGGUCUCGAAUCUCCCUUGAUACUGAAUGCUCAGUCUUCUUCACCCAUCAUGUCUGAAAAGUCCAAGGUAGAAAGUCUGCUUGUGUCCGAAAGACAGUUUGAUAAAGUGCAGCAGGCAGACCUGACGCCUGGUUCUUCUGCAUGCUACGAACACACAACCACCAGUUUACCUUCGGUAUCAGAAGGGCAGUGGGCAUUGGAUGCAUUAAGGAACUUGGGCUUGCUGAAACAAUUGUUGGUACAGCAGCUUGGAUUUUCUGAGAAGGGGACCCUUGAAGACUGGCAGCGCUUUCCCAGGUUUAGGACCGUUUCUCAAGAAGCCCAGACAGAGAGUGGAAGUGAGCCUGGACUACAGCACUCCGACAAUAACAAAUUUCACCAGCCUGGAAUAGACAGAAUGCUUCCGAGAACCGGAAUGAAUGAGUCCACAGCUAGUUAUGGCCUCCGGACUUCAGCCGAAUCGCUAGUUCCAGGAGAUGUCAUGCAGCUGAUGGCGAGAGACCCCAGAUCAAGUAGUAACUUAGCAAUAGACCGCAUGAGUAUGAAUCUGGAUGCCUCGAGCACAGAGCUGGAAGGGAUGAGUGCUGAUGAAAGUGGGGAGCAUUUUUUUGAUGCUCGAGAAGCUCACAGUGAUGAAAAUCCAUCUGAAAGUGAACUAAUGGAAAGGAAGGAGGAAGAGGAUGUGCAAAUACGGAUCUCAGGAAAUUAUUUGAUCCUUGAUGGAUAUGAACCAGUGCAGGAGAGCUCCACAGAUGAGGAGGUAUCAUCUCUAGUUCACCAGUGCGCUGCAGGUGGCCGCACCUCUUUGGACUCUGCACAGCAGCAGCCACUUUCCCCACGGGACACCCAGUCGGAUGGAGGAAGCUCCCCGUUUGCUGAGGAGAUGAUGGCCUCACGCUGGGGGGGAGUAGAAGAGCCCUGCUCAUUUGUAGCAAGCCCUCACUUCUCUAUAGAGUCACGUGUGCAGAUGAUGCAGUAUAUUCAGAAGAUAGAGGAUGACCUUGAAAAGUUAAAGGAGGUUGAGGAAGACUACACCAUUCUCCGACGCCAAGGGCUGGCUGGAUCAGCCUCCACAGGAGAGCACUCAGAGUAAAGCUAGUCAUGUUUUCAGGAGUAGCUGAAGAUUGGAUGAAGAGUGGCAGGACACAACACCCACUGUCUUCGUUUUGGACUCUGAGACAAGAGGGCUUGAAUCCAAACAUGAACCAUAUUCUAGCAAAGUGGGCAUGGCGUGUUUUUUCCGUGGGACAUCUGCACUAUCUUGUCAGUGGGGGAGUCUAUUCUGCUCCUCUCCUUGCUACCAGAAAUUCAUUUUUCAGAACAGAAAAACCAAACCAAAUGUACAGAGCUUUGGGUGUAGGAUAUAAAAAUGUAUUUAGACAUUUAAAAAAAGAAAUCAAUGUAUUUAUUUGACUUCAUUCCGUGUAUCAAAAGCACAUUUUCAUUUUUUAAUCUGCCUUUUUUUUUUUUUUCUAUUUUAAUUGGGUAGUGACAGUUCUAGCCCUCUGCAUAUAGCACACCCUGUCUGCCACUGCUCCUGACCCAAAGGUCAGGUCAGAGGGGAGAGGGUGUGCCUAUGUGCAGUGUACCUUUUCUUCACUGGACUGGACUCUGCACUCCCUGCUGGCAAUCAAACUGCCACGCGAAGAGCUACUUAUGAAGGUGUUAGGAUGACUUGUGGCUGGAACUAUCUUUAUUCAACAAUGGCAUGGGAACUGUUCUUGUCACCACGUGGGUAACAAGAAUUUUCCAUGCACUAAAUAGCCAGGCACUUGAGAUGGGCAAAUUUUCUUUUUCCCCUCUCCCAUUAGGGUUUCCUUUCUUGACAUGCAAGAUUAGACUGGGAGAGGAGAAAGAUAGGUUUAAUUUUUUUGUUGGCUUUGAUCAUUGUCUCCUUUGUAAAGUGAUAAAAAUACUUGGACCUGCAGCACUUUUGUAACUCUUCUCUGGAUCAAAAAAAAAAAAAAAAAGCAAACCCAGAAGUGUUUCAAAGAUGUGGGGCAGAUCUGCCCCUGAUUCACUACUGAAUGAUUAAGGGCUGCCAUUUGAGUUAGCCACAGGUACUGCUGAUUAUAGGGCCAGUAAGUUUUAGUACCUGAAAGUAUGUCUUGCUGAGGGCUCGGGGUGGGUUUGGGGGGUUUUUUUGGGGGUGGGGUCGGGUUGUUUGGGGGUUUUUUGUUUUGUUUUAAAAAACUGAUUUGUGCCAAUGUGUUCUCACUGAAACAGAGAUGUGCAAAACAAAGAAGGCUGAAACAGCUCUCUAGUACUUCCUUAGGUCUGUUCUAAUGGGGUUUGCUGAUGGAAUUCCUUCCUGCCUUGUUCCUUCUUACUGGAACAAGAUGGUAAAUAUCAGGCUACCAGCAGAGCUCACACCGGACAGCCGAAGCUGGCUGUGCCUCUGCUCUGAAGUUGGUCCUAGGGCAGGCAGUUCCUGCUUGGCAUAGGGUGGUUCAAGCUGUCCCGAGUAUCACAGGCACCGUGAAUACGACUGCUAGAGGAAAGUGUGUAAGGCAGUCUUUUUUGCACCCUCUUCCCAAGUUUUAAACUAUUUAACUCAAUUGGAACAGCAUGCCAAACCUGUAAAUCCCAUUAACACAUCAGAACUGCUAUAUCAUUGUUUGCAUCACUGUGUGCAGCAUGAAGUGCUGAGAAUCUGUCUUUGGUCAGCAUAAAGAUCAUACUCCCUGCUCCUUUAAAACAAACGUUUUCUCUUUAGCUGCUGGCAAGAAAUCAGAUCUGUCCUCUGUCUAUUCAUGUAGGGAAGAAACCGGUUGUUGCUCUUCCCAUUAGAAAUAUGCAAGGGAUGUGUUCAUGUACAGAUUGACAGAGGUUGAGCAGAGAUGGUUUUGGGCCUGAUGUGAAAGUUGGAGCCGUGAGCCCUUACAGAGUAGGGAGGAGUUUCUCUUGUUUUAAGACGCAAUUGCACAAAGUACCAUUUUUCACCAGCGGAGCAUUACACUGCCAACACAAGCCAAAGCGUUCUCCUCCAGGCUGGCAGGAGCUUCCUCUUCCUUGGGACUCGCGAAGGCCUGCCCUGUGUCACCUGUAUGAGUACACUGUCAGUAUUAGCCAAGCACUCCCAUUCCUACUGGGUGGGAUCUCCCCUCCUUGCCUUCAGCCAUACGGUUCCUUUGGCUAUAAACAUCUAGACUUGCUCUGAUAAGCCCCCACGCUAGAAUGCUGCCUAAUGCUGAUACGGCAUCUUUUACCUGAUCCUGCCAGAAAGAGAACUGGGCUGUAGCCACACUUGGUGUUUAAGGCCCUUCUCCCCUUACAUAAAAGGACCCUUGUCCCCCCCCAACUCUCCCGCAUCAGUUGGUAUGAUGCUUGCCUGGGUCUACACACUCCAGAAACAGGAGCAAUUACUGUGACCUUAGCUGUCUAAAAGCUUUCCAGCAGGCUUCUAUGGCUGAUUGAAAAUUAGCACUGAACUCUAUUAAAUAGAGAGAGCUUAGUCUGGCUUUUCAGGAGUAUACUGGAAGACCAGCAAAGACGGGACUUGUGAAGGCCUGGUUGCUUAAUGCUCUUUCCUUGUGACUGAAGACAAAAUCCUUGGUUCUCUGGUUUUCGCCAAGUUGCCUGAAUUUCAAGGUUCAUGGUGAGCAACAUACUAUGCUUCACGAGAAGCAUAUAGCCGUUCGGAUGGGCCAUGGGGCAGCAGUCUGCCCAUGCUGCUUUCCCCACCAUCCCCUAAUGCCACCUUGGACGUGAUCCACUGGGAGGGCACGUGCAGUUCUGUCCCUGUCACCUCUCAAGAAGCGUAAGGGGAGACAUCCACACUUUGUGCCGGGCUAACGAUGAUGGCAGAGAAGCCUUUGUGCAGGAUAAAACGGACAGUCUCCAGUGCAGGAGGCUGCAGGGAGCUUUAAGGAAUGUUAAAGACCAACCCGUUUGAACCCAGUUUUAUGGGCAACGUAAAUGACACACUCUGCUCUGUCCCGUUUGUUUUUUGUUUCAGCUGGCCUUCUUAUGCUGCAUUGAUCAUCCUCACAAAUAGGGCAUUACUCCUUGAGAAAAUGGUGGGGUCAGGGAUCCGCUCUCUUCUGAGAGCAGUAACCUGAAAUAAUGAGGGAUUCCUUUUUCCUCCCUAGCACAUCUGCUGCAUGGCACACCUCAGGCCAUGCCUCGCUGGGUGGAAGGAGCUGGAACUCAAAUGCACUAUUCAGGAUUCUCACUUUUUUUUUUUUCCCCCCUUUAAGCCAUAAGAUUACUCCAGUUUCCAGUGUAAGGAAGCAUUUUUAUUUGUCCCUGGUUGGUGAUGGAUUGAUUGUACAUUCCCUUAUUCAGACUGGAUAGCAGAGCAGGACAAUGUUCUCUGGUUUGUUUGCCCCAGUCUCUCCUUCCCAAUAUUCUGUUUUUUUUUUUUUUUCUUUCCCAAAUACAAGAUGAGCAAGUGUUUCUUAUCUUGGGAACAAAGAUGUAGCAUAGCAGCCGUUCUUUCAUAUCCUCCUGAGAAGUGAUUUCUCUUCUGCUGUUACUGGGUAUAGUUGGUGGACAAGCAAAAAAGUCAGAUGAGUACUUUCUGGAAAGGGGAGUUUCCUUCUCGUGUAGAAGAGCAAAUGCUAAGCUGGUGUUUGAUUGCUCUGGUUUCUUGAACAUAUCUUAUCUGUAGGAAGGGGAGAUUUUUUUAACAUCCUAUAGGUGGGAUCAGAAAGAAGGAUGAGGAACGUAAACCUCAAGAGCUAAGAAGUCUAGAUGGUUUUGGUCAGCUUUGAGACGGCACUACGCCUAUUUCCAGUGUUUUCAUAAAACUUAGAUAGGCCGAUUUACAGAUACUGUCCCUGUUAUUAGAAGAGGGGUCUGGUGCUUUGGCAGGUGACCCUUGAUUAUAAUCUCAGUGCUUGAUGGUAUCUGGUAUUGUUUUCUCCCUCUGUUCCCCAAAGAAAUCCCUUAAUUCCUUCCCCCUCCCCAAAGGUGCCAACUGACAAGCAGAUGUACUGCAAAAGGGAUACUGCAGCCAAAACACUGCUGUUUUAUUUUGAAUUAAGUCUUGUGGAGCUCUCUUCAUACUAGAGUAUUUUUAUUUUCUUUGUACAACAUACAAUCAUGUACUCUUAACAGAGAUUUACUUUAAAGAGAAGAAAAAAGAUCUGGAAGUAUUCUUUAAAAAAUACACAAAAAUCUUUAUUAAUAAUCCUGUAUUUUUACUGAUCAUGUUUGAAUGUCUAAAAAGACUUUAUUGUUCUAAUUAUCCAGAUGUAUGUUUGUAAAAUAGCUCUUUUAUGACUUAGCUGAUAAGGUUGUAUGUUUCUGGAAUUAAAUAUUGGUCACUUAAAAAAAAAAAAUCUGUUUUCAGGAUCUGGGAAAUAGAAAAUUUAAGCGUUUCAAAUAUCAUUAAAUAAGCUUAAAGGAAA